GACUCUAUAGAAAGUCGCGUUACAAGCGUGUCCAUGUCACUGCGAGUGUUGCCAGAAUGAUCAAAAAGUGAGUUAGUAGAUACGGAUAUCCUUGUAAAUAUAGGUGAAGAUUCAGCAAUACAUAAUGUGAAUGUGUGCUGCCAGAGUGUGUAUAUGAUCGCAUUACUAGUUGAGCGGAGGAGGUGGCGGCGUGUGGCAGUUGAGCAUGGCCGAGUUUAGUGUAUGGUGAAAGAGGAAGUGCGGGGCUGCGGGACUGGGCCUCGCCGCGCAGCCAGAGCCAGUCUGAGCCACCGUCGUUCAGUGUGCCUUGAGCAGCAGGUGGUGAGCGGUGUUGCUCUUUCCGUCCAAUCGCUUAGUCUGCACGUGACUUGUUUCCCACAGUGCAACUGAUGAUGCUUAGAGCCUUUGUGUAGUGUUGUUAGCAGCGGCGGGGGGAGGCUGCCAGCACGCACUGUGCCCAGCAUGUCGUGAUCAUUGAAACACGGCGCUACUUAUUGUGAUAUUGAAGGAUCUCAGGGGAGCAGCGGCAUCAUGCACGACGUAGACAGGUACCGCGGCUCGUGCCUCAUUGUUUCUAAGCCUCGGGGGGGUCGCAGCCACCCCCGGGGACGACCUUCGCCUCAGGACUCAAGUCAGGAGUCGCCGCUGGAGUCGUCCGCGGGGUACAUGCUGGAGGGCGGCUCUGCUCUGGCGGGGAUGCCACUGUUUUCGUUCUUGCCACGUCGCGGAUCCAUGCGAGGCCCUCACCAGGGUCGCCCUCAGCACCACCUCCACCACUCCAGUCCGCCACAUUUCCACCGCCACACACACCCGCAGCAGCAGCAGCACCAACAACAUCAGCAGCAGCAUCAGCAUCAACAACAACAACAACAACAACAACAACAACAACAACAACAACAAAGGGGACAGCGGAACCAAGGGUUUGGAAAGCCCGGUGAAUUUGUUCAUGCCCCGGACAGCAGUGGCACUCCUGAAAACGGAGAUGAGUUAGAGCGGCUGCCUCUCGCCCGCCUGGCCCUCCACACGCAAGGCGCCCCUCUCAUCCUGGCUAGCAGAGGCCCUCAGCGGUCUCCGCGAAACUCAGAGAUGGAGGGUUCCCCUGCUGCCGCCAGCGAUGCUGUGUCCGUCACUUCCGACGAGGGCAGCACGGGCCAUGCCGAGAACUGCCUGCCCCGCAUCAUCAAACCUCGGAAGCGCCGGAAGAAAGAUCGCAAACCCGUCGCCGGCUCGCCUCCACCCAUGGCGACUGAAGGUGACGGGGGCGGUACCAUAGUGACGCUGAAGCCGUACCUCCCCAUGUGCUAUAACUACCACUCCAAAACUGGCGCCGGCUGUGAGGGGUCCCGGACCUGUGGCUGUGGUGCUUGUGUUCAGUCCCAUGUGUUUCCCACACCUCCCCCCUCCCCGGCCUCUUCCUCCUCCUCUGUCCCAAGCAGUCUGUCAUCAGCAUCGUCUUCAUGUUCUUCCUCUGAAGACGAACCUAUGCUUGGAUGGACGGGGGGACACGGCCCGGGGCCGGGACCGGGGCCAGGGUCGGGGCCUAGAGUGGGGCCAGAAGGACGGAGUCAGCUGGUGCGCUCUCUAAGUGAACCACAGUCCGCCUCAACCCUGCACAUCUCUUCUACUGUCACUCACUCCUUCGCGGGUCACCGCGACCUGGAUAUUCGCAUUGGAAGUGGUGCACAGCGGGAGGCGGCCGCUGCCCGCACGCGUCACUGGUCACUGUCCGCCCCGUCCGCCCCGUCUAUAGUGCCCCGUCCCGCCCGUUUCGAUGAUCGCAUCACGUCUUCCCAUCGAAAUUCAGUCACAACCCCACAACCACCGCAGAGACCCUGGAUACACCUUGGAGAACCCGACCGCAGCAAGCCCUCAUGUAUCUUCACAGUGAUGUGCUACAAUGUACUGUGUGACAAAUAUGCCACCCGCCAGAUGUACGGCUACUGUCCCUCGUGGGCACUGGAGUGGGAGUACCGCAAGAAAGGCAUCAUGGAUGAAAUCAAGCAUUACAUUGCUGACAUAAUCACACUACAGGAAGUUGAAACAGACCAGUUCUUCAACUUCUUUUUGCCGGAGUUGAAGAAUGAGGGCUACGAUGGUAUCUUCUCACCCAAAUCUCGAGCCAAGCACAUGUCUGAAAAUGAAAGGAAAUUUGUUGAUGGUUGUGCCAUUUUUUGGAGAACUAGCAAGUUUACCCUGAUCAAAGAGCGACUGAUUGAGUUCAACCAGCUGGCCAUGGCAAAUCAUGAUGGUUCUGAAGAUAUGCUUAACCGGGUCAUGACCAAAGACAACAUUGGUUUAGCCGCUCUGCUUGAGACCAAAGAGGCUGCAUGGGAGAAUUGUGAAGUCCCCAUGGACAAGUCUCAGAUGAGCCAGGCAGUGCUGGUGUGUACAGCACACAUACACUGGGACCCAGAAUUCUGCGAUGUCAAACUCAUACAGACCAUCAUGUUGAUGAGUGAAAUACGCCAAAUAGUGUCAGAGAUUGUGGAGGAAUCCCAACACAGGUCAAGGCCAGGCCGGAAGAUUGACCCUAAUUCCAUCCAGCUGCUACUUUGUGGGGAUCUCAACUCGCUCCCAGAUUCAGGUGUUGUUGAGUUCUUAACAAAAGGCACCGUGUCCAUGGACCAUGAGGACUUCAAGGGCUUUGGAUACAAGACUUGCCUGCAGAAGAUAGCAAUGACCAAAAACAACAAUUCCUUGGUUAACACAGCUGCCAAUUGCUACACUCACUCCUUCAGGCUGUCUGCAGCAUAUGACUUUUCCAUCAUGGCAUAUACAAACUAUACGUAUGACUUCAAGGGAAUCAUUGACUAUAUUUUCCAUAGUGCUGAUACAAUGUCAGCCCUUGGGGUCCUUGGACCCAUUGAUCCAGAUUGGUUUAGAGACAACAAAGUAAUGGGGUGUCCACAUCCCCAUAUCCCAUCAGACCACUUUUCUCUAUUAGUGCAACUUGAGAUGCGACCUGCGACUGCAGCCCUGUGUCAUCCUAAUGGACUUCUCCACCGGUAGCCUGUGGCAGACAACACCCCUACAAUCCUAUCAUCACCACCACCUCCACCUUCACCACUACCACAACCUUCACCACCACCCUCACCACUUCCACCACCACCACCUUCACCAUCACCAACACCAACACAACCACCACAACCACCACCACAACUAACAUCACAGGGGCACAGUCCACUCACCUCGGGUCUCCUGAAGAGGUGUCUGACCCCUUGGGGUAGGCCAGGCUCACAGCAGUAGUUGUCCAAGCUGAUGACUCCUGCUGACACUAAUGAUUUUCUGAGUAAUGUUUCAAUUAAGAUGAACAGUGUGCUUGUGAUAAUGUUCCAGGUGAAAUAGGAAGAAGGUGGAAUAGCCUACACCCACCUUGCUCACCUGGCCAGGAAGCACAGUUUGUCAUCAUUGAAAUGUUACUUGUGGCUCUGGCAUAUUUGAUGAGCCUAAGUUAUAUGGGUGUUACGGUACAAAGAAAACAUUAAGUUUGAACUUUUAAAAGUGAAUGGUUGAAUGUAUUGAAAUUGUUUUUUGGAAGUAAGUGGGGCUGGAUCUUGUACAAAAAAAGUAGAGCUGAUAGGUAGGUCUGAACGUAACUUUUGACUGUGCCCCUUAUCUUGCCUUUGGCUUCCAGGCUUGUGUGUCACCUUCAAAAGAAGCACACAAGCAGCUGCCACUCCGAUCUCACUUGUGUGUUCCGAUGGGCCCAGCCUCCCUACCUCUUCCCUCCCAUGUUCCCUACACACACACUCAUCUUUUUUAACUUCCAAAUUCCACUGUCUGCCAAGAAUUGAAGAUAUGCCAUACAACCAGACUAUCCACUCCCUUCAUCAGUCUGGGAUGAUCACCUGCACUCUAACUCCACCUCACUGCCACCUGCCACGCCACCAGCAUCAGAGGCCACUUCCUUGCCCCCUCCCCUCACACCCUCACACAGCUGAAGCCAGGCUAUGUCAAAUCUUGCAUGUUCCCACUUCUUCAUGCAUCCAACAGUUUAACUUUCCGGAAGCCAAAUUAUUUGCAACUACAAUGUUGUACAGGAAGUAUGCCCUCCCUUUACUACAUAAUUUGUUUGUAACCAUGCCAUCUUAAACACAUGGAUGGUAUGAUAUUUUUUCAUCCAGAAGCUGACCAGCCCAAGCUUACAACAUCUCCCUAUGGGGCUGCUCCCCACCACUUGAACACCUGAAACACGCACCACCAACAUUGGAUAUCUAGUUGUUCUUAAAGGCUUUCCUGCCCUAUUUUUAAAGUGUGUGUGUGUACGUGUGUGAGUGUGUGUGAGUGUUUGUGUAUGUGUGUAUGUGUGUGUACCUGGGGAUUAGUUGAGAGGUUCAAAAAAAUACAUUGGUUGGAACAUCCUUCACAAUUAAGUACGUGUCUGGUUGAUCGUGACUUAACUUUUAUCAGUGCUUGAGCAUUACUUGUUUCCAACCAAGAGUAUCAUUAAACCAGCCUCUCUUAUUUGAUUAAAAACUAUAUAUAUUGAUACUGUUGUUUCUUACCUCUGACCAGUUUUCAUGAUAUGGCCCAUAAGAGAGCAGGGACAAAAAGGGAAAAUUGAGUUUUAGUGUAACUCUUGGAAUCCUGCUUUUUAUGUAGUUUAUUACUUCUAACCUAUUUGGCUGAGCCUUUUCAUUUCAAACCUAGCGGUUUUAAGUUGUGUAUGUGAUACAAGCACCAGACAUUGUGAGAUAUUCCUGUACAAUAUGGACCAGUCCAUUUACAGAUUUGUAAUGAAAACAUUUGCCUCUUCAUUGACAAUAUUAUGUUCAUACUUAAAUUUAUUAUAUAUUGACGUGUGUAUGUAUAAUUUUAUUAGUAUUAGCAUUAAUCUUCACACACCACCAGAGAUUUUUGUCACCAUAUGUUUUACUCCACUGUUUAUGUAUCAUCUGUCCUUGUGCCGUGCCCUCCCUGUGAUAAAGUCUAAUUGCAAAGUUGUCCCAGUCAAGCUUAUACAUAUUUUUAUUUUAGAGCUGUAUUGAGUCUGUAUGACACACCAAAAUUAAACUUUGCUGAGUUCAGUACAGCACCAAAUGGGAAUAUUCAUAGUAAUAAUGAUAAUCUAAUUAUGGCAGUCACUGAUAUCGACAUUUCAAUAGAAUUUAUUGACCCACCAUACAUACUACGUAUAUUCCUUCCAUGACGAUGGUGUGACAUGGGUGUUUGUGUAUUGCAGUGAUGUACUGUACAGUGUUAUGAGUAAUCUUACUGCAGAUCACAUGAUAUGGAUUUUUAAGGCCAGUAACAUAAUCCUCAAGUGAUUUAUCCACACAGAAAUAAGGCAUUAUUUGAAGUCAUUUAUUUUCCAAGUGAAAAAUUUUACUUUGUUUUAUUUAGUUUGAAUUUUUUUAGCAACAUUUGCAAAAUUGUGGAACUUUCUUCGGCAAGUGAUUAGGAUUAUUAUAAAAUUGAUUGAGUAAAGUGAUUUUUUUGAAAAAUUAGCAACAUUUAUGCUUAUGUUAUCUCUGUAGCAACCAUAGCAAAAUUUUGUGACAACUAGGACAAUUACUGAUAUUACCACAUGAAAUGAGACAUGUAUUAUUGCCAGAUCAGAUGUUUUCCUUUCAAUGCUUCUUACAUCAGUAGUCAAUAUGCUACUCCUGAAGUUGAUUUCAUAGGAGGUAAGUAAUUUGUGCAACUCUUGAAGGAGGGCAGCCAACAGGGUUUAAUAUUUCCACACGUGUAAUCAUCUGAUGGAAUUUGCUGCGUUAGAAGACUGGCUCCUCUUUAUUGUCAAUCCUUUGGGAAGUUUGUAAUCGUAAUUGUUGGAGAAGCAGGAAGAGUGCUCUGUAUGUAAUCCAUGUUUUCUGCCUUUUCUUAUUUAUGCUACUCUUGCAUAACCUUCAAACUAUAUUUUAUGCAUACACUGGAGUAAGUAAUCUAGAUUGAUCUUUGUAAAUGGUUAUGGGCUGUUUGAGGCUUCUUGAAGGACCUAGUCAGCAGAUCUUCGGGUAUACUCUGGUGACAGUUUGCAACUAUUCUUAAUAACACAGGCUACAAAUGACUGCCAUCAAAAUUUUAUCAUCUUUUGUGUUUGAGAGUUUGUAAUGUUAGGUAUCAAGUCAAGUUUUAUACAUACUGGACCUCUCAUAGAGGGUUAUGAACAAAUGUUGAACUGCUUUAUAUUUGUAGCCUACAACCUUCUUUGUUGUUUUUGUAAGGCAUAAUAUGUAGUGAGAAUGUUUGUAACUGGUUUUGGAUUAGAUGUGUCCCGUACUUGAUCAACGCUGGAGGCUAGUCUGCUCCAGUGAGUCCGCUUGUGCCGCCUCGGUACACGACCGCCCUGCUGCAGCCCCCACCCCUGUGCACCCCACCACUCACUCACAUCGUCACCCACUACAAGCAUACUCAUUUCAAUGGAGUAACCAUCCAAAAUGUAUAUUGAUGUAAAUGUUUUGACUGGCCAGCUUACAAAUAUCAGUAUGAAGCUGUUGACCUUUUAAGUCAUAUUUAAAAAAGUAACUUUAGGAAGUAAUAUCAGUUAAACUUAUUGUUUGUAGCUAUAUUGCACAAAUCAGAAUUGUUGAGUUGCAGCAUUUUUCUCAUAUCUAGUUCUGUAUAUUGUUAUGUCUUUUCAUUCAUAUAUUAUUGUACGUCAUUCUGUAUACUUGCAUUCAUACAGUUUACUUAUCUCUGAGCAUCAGAGUCCUCUGUGAUGCCCAAGAGAUGUGCUGUGGGCCAAGUGCCUGCAUCACGGCCCAGCUGGGGUGCCACUAUCUGUAAAGCUUUAUUUUUUUGGUGGUGCCACUGCUAGCCUGGCUGACCCUCAACCUCCACCUCACGUACUUGGUAUCGCACCAGUCUUUUAUUUUGGAUAUUUUUAUUUUUUAAAUUUUUUUAUUUAUUUAUUUAUUUUAUUUUUUUCUUGGGAUAGAUAUAUCAGUUUCUUUUCAGCAGUUUUUCAGUGAUAUUGUAUAGUAGUGUGUAGUUUAAGUUUUAUUGUACCAUAUAAUUUUUGAUCGAAGUAUAACGUUGAAUUAAUGACCGCUGGAGGAAAACGCAAAGUGAAGGCAGCUAGAGGCGGCUUGAGGGCUGGCCGGGGGGAGAGCCGUGGCAGGCACAGGAGCACUUGGGUGGAGUGAGUUAGGGCUAGUGCAAGUGGCGGUCCUCAGCAGUACAAAAUGUCUCCUGUGCCCCGUGCAAUGGUCAUUAUUAUAAUAUAAUUACUCUUGACGUCAGUUCAUCACCCAGUCCUCACCCGACCACGCGGUAGCACACGCGUCUAGACAUUAGUAACGUUAGGAUUCAGUAAUAAAAUACUGCAGAUUA